AUGAAGUUCUCCGUCUCACCUGGUGUUCAUAUUGUCAUUCAGUGCAAAGUUGCAUCUGGUCUUCCUCAGCUAGUUGAAGGUUCGAAGUGUUUGGCUAAAUCAGACCCUAUGGGUCUGCGGCAUAAAUUCAUGGGUAAUGCUGAAAUUGUUAGGUUUGACCUUGUUGCGUCUUCCCGUGAGACUGUUUUUGAGAAGCCCUGCAAAGCCAUGAUAAGCAGGUGGGUACUCAAAGCUCGACCCGAGAUCUUGUCUGAGGAGUUCAUUUGUGGCAAAAAUCUUGCAAAGAAAAUCUGGUGUUCUGGAACUGGGACCACAGACCCUAACAUGGUGGUUGAUAUGUGUAAGGGAGCUCGGCAUUUUGAUGAAAUUAAGAAUUCUGUUGCUGCUGAGUCACGGUGGUUGACAAAGGCAGGCGUAUUGGCUGAGGAAGAACACGAGAGACAUUUGCUUUGA